UGUCGUUCCUAAUCAUUUUACAUUUAGAAUAAAGGGGGGCACAGAUGCAGCAAUAGCCGCCAAUCCGUGGAUGGCAUAUUUGUAUACGUCCUCAGCUUUCGUAUGUGGCGGAACGCUUAUCCACAAACGGUUCGUUCUAACAGCAGCGCAUUGCAUCUCUCGCGAAAUGCCACUAAAGGUUCGCCUGGGAGAGUUCGAUGUCUCUAGUACUUCUGACUGCAGCGAUUCGCAAUGUCUUCCGCCCCAUGAAGAAUAUUCCGUGGAAACGGCCUUUAGGAAUCGUCUCUUCACUAUGCAACUGGGAAGGCAUGACAUAGGUCUGCUCCGAUUGACCACGGAUGUGGAAUAUAAAGUCCACAUUAGACCGAUCUGUGUGUUCGUUGACCCUGAAUUGCGGUCGUCGGUAGAGGCAAUUGAGUCAUUUACUGCCACUGGAUGGGGUGUGACCGACAGCGGAAAGACAAGCCGAAUACUUCAGAGAAUAACCAUCAACCGGCUCGACCGUAGCAAAUGCAAUCGCAAAUUUCGGCAGACACUGCUACAGAGCCAGAUCUGUGCAGGACACCGGCAAGGCGACACAUGCAACGGGGACUCUGGCGGCCCAUUGAUAACAUUUUUGAAUGGAACCCAGAACCGCUACGUUCAGGUCGGAAUUGUCAGUUAUGGCAGCGCGAAUUGCGAUGGUCCGGGUAUCUACACAGAUGUUUUAUACCAUGCAGAUUGGAUCCAGCGCGUCGUGCGAGAAGACGAGAUCAAGAUCUGAUUCAAACUUAAACAAAACAAAAAAAAAAACUAUAUAUGUUACAUAUGUA